CUUAUCCAACUCAGCAUUGGUCAGGUGAGCGGGACCCACAGCAUGGGACCCACUAACUUAUCCAGGUCAGCAUUGGUACAAGAGGACACCGAGCCGUGCCCCGAGCCGUGCAGCACCCGAGCCCAUCCUCCCCCCCCCUCCCCGACUGUUGUUCUUCUUCUUCUCCGGCGACGACGCGCAGCAACGCCGUUCCGGGCCGCGACCUAGCGAUGUCGAGCUCCGCUUCAGCCUCCCGCCGCUCAUGGCCGCGCUAUGGCGCAGUGCCCAUGACAAGGUGCCCUGCAUGCCCACGUAUCGCACCCCUGAAGCGGCUAGUCACAACCACCGACAAGAAUGGCAACCUUGGGCGGGAAUUCAUGAAAUGCGAGAGCAAACCAGAGCAGGGAAAGAAAUUGAAGCAAUGCACCCAUUUUGAGUGGCUAGAUGAGUACAUAGAGCGGAUUCAACUGGAGGGUGCAUCAGGGGAGCUCGAUUUACCGUUGGAGGCAGAGAAGUUGGGCAAGUUUGGAUCGGGCGCGUCUGGAUCUGGGGCCCCUGGAUCCGCCCAUUCCAUUGGUGCUACUGUGGGGGAUGCAGGAGUGACGGCAGAGCUGAAGAAGCUGAACAAGCAGAUGAAGAAACUCAUCAAGUUGCAGAAGCAGGGCAAUUUGAUGGGGCUGAUGGCGGGACUUUUUUAUGUUUGUGUAAUUGCUCUCGCAUUUGUUUAUGUGAUGAUAAUUAGUCGUAAGUGA